AUGAGAAAUGAGGGUGAUGGGGCAAUUUAUUGGAAAUAUGUUGGCAGGGUACUAAGCAACAACAAGCUUAAUGGGACACUGGAUAUUGGCAACAGUUAUAGCAACAAUUUGACCGUUGAUUUGCAGAACAACUCCAUUAGCGACUUUACACAGAAAGCAAGUUACAAUAUGGUCUUGAAGCUUGUGGGCAACCCAAUUUGUCAGGGAAAUGGAGCAGCAGAACGAUACUGCACAAUUCAGAAAUCCUACCCUUCAAACUGCACACCAACAAAUAACUGCACUACUGCGGUCUGCCAUUCAGGCAGUAUAUCAAGUCCAUAUUGCAAAUGUGCAUAUCCAUACACAGGAACCUUACACUUCAUUUCUAUUUCCUUCUCAAAUUUAGAAAACUCAAGUUACUUCAGAACCCUUGCGGGGUCUUUGAUGUCAGCUUUUCUGUCCAAUAAACUUCCUGUGGAUUCAGUGUCUCUUUGUGAUCCAACUGUCAAUUUAUACUCUUACCUUCAGAUCAAACUGCAAAUCUUUCCUUCUGGUCUAGAUCAUUUCAAUAGAACAGGAAUUUCUACAGUUGGUUUUCUGCUCACCAGCCAAUCUUUCCCAAUUCCAAAUUAUGGGCCUUACUUCUUUAUUGACGAGGGCUAUUGUUGCUUUGCAGCAAAUUGGGACCGUGAUGAAAGCAGUGGCGGUGUUCCACAACUUAAAGGAGCUAGAUGGUUUUCAUUUGAAGAGCUUCGGAAAUGUACUAACAAUUUUGCAGAAGUGAAUGCUAUUGGAUCUGGGGGCUAUGGGAAGGUUUAUAGAGGAACUAUUGCCUCUGACCAAUUAGUUGCCAUCAAAAGAGCUCAACGGGGAUCAUUGCAGGGUGCUCUUGAGUUUAAGACUGAGAUUGAGCUUCUAUCAAGGAUCCAUCAUAAGAAUGUUGUCAGCCUGGUGGGUUUCUGUUAUGAGCAAGGGGAACAAAUGCUGGUCUAUGAGUAUAUUCCAAAUGGUAACCUGAAAGAUGGUCUUUCAG